AUGUACACGAUUCACAAUGAAUCUAUUUGUAUUAAAUGUGCAGCCUUUAUACACUGGACUGGGAGGGAUGGUUAUAAGUGUCUCACACUUGUUUUCCUCCAUUUUUUUCUCUCUUUUUUUCUUUUCUCUCUCUCUUCUUUCCUCUCUCUUCUUUUCCUCUCUCUCUCUUCUUUUCCUCACUUUUCCUUUCUUUUUUCCUCUCUCUUUUAUUUUCCUCUCUUCCUUUCUCUCUUCUUUUCCUUUCUCUCUUCUCCUCUUUUCUCUCUUCUUUUCCUCUCUCUCUUCUUUUCCUCUCUCUCUUCCUUUCUCUCUUUCUUUCUUUUUUUCUUUCUUUCAUAUUCUUUCGCUCUCUUUCUUUUACUUUCUCUAGCUUUCUUUCUCUUUUUCUUUUCUUUCAUAUUCUUUUACUUUCUCUCUCUUUUACUUUCUCUCUCUAGCUUUCUCUCUUUACUUUCUCUCCUUUCUCUCUUUUACUUUCUCUCACUCUCUCUUUUACUUUCUCUCUCUUUUACUUUCUCUCUCUUUUACUUUCUCUCUCUUUUACUUUCUCUCUCUUUUACUUUCUCUCUCUUUUACUUUCUCUCUCUUUUCUUUUUCCUUCUCUCUCGUCUGUUUGCUUCUUUUUCUUUUUUUAUUUCACUCCCUUUUCUUUAUCUCUCUUCAUUUUCUUUCUCUACUUGUUUCUUUGUCUCUCCUUCUCUUUCUCUCUCUCGCUCUCUCUCACACACACACACAUCUCUCAUCUCCUGUCGUUUUUCUUCUCUCUCUUCCUCUUCUCUCGUACAUACACACACAUACCACAAUCUGCUUUAG